AUGAUGCCUCACGUCGGCGCGCCAAAGUGGAAGAGCUCUCGAAAGGAUUUAGAUUCGCGUCUGGCCGACGAGGAUCGGGCUCUACUAGGAUCGACGGCCACAAAUAUUGAUGACAACGGCGGUCGAGAUGGCGAGGAAGAUGAUGAAGAGACUGGGGAAGGCAGCCGCGUAGGGCGCCCAUCUCUAUGCGAUGAUAGAGAGACUCUGCGUGAGCCCGACACAGGAGAACGAGAGCGGGAUAGAUCCCUGUUCUCACUUUGCCGAGAUGUACGAGUCUCUUCCACAACGCGUGUCGCAACAGGGCUUAUUUCACGGAACUUAGAAGGAUCGAUAGGAGCACGAGGAGGAGAGAGAGACGCUGCCUUUCCCGAACUUCCUGGACUGGAGGGCCGCGGCCCUCUUGGAGCCUGUGUCCUAAGAGGGCUUCCAUCACGGGAUCCAGAAGAACUCCCGGGAGAACUAGGAGGCGACAGAAAAGCUGACGCUCCUGUUCUUCCCAAACCGGAGGGACUAGGUCGUCUUGGGAAGGGUUUCGCACAAGGGCUUAGAUCAGGUGAGUCAGGAGGACUCUUGGGAGAACGAGACAGAGGUACAAACGCUGCCGCUGUGGCCGCUACAGACCCUCGUGGACCAGAUGAACCGGAUCCUUUAGAAAGCCAUGGAUCAAAAGGGCUUAGAUCGGGGGAAGUAGAAGAGGCAUUAGAAGAGUGA